GACGACGCGCUGAGGGACCUGAACGAGUGCGUCGCGAUCGACCCGAACGACGCGGCGGCGUACAUGUUACGAGCGACCGUGCAGCGCGAUCGCGGGGAGUACGAGAGGCAUUUCAACGACUAUCGCUCGGCGCAACGCGCGGACCCGGACGCGCCCGGGAUCGCGAAGCUCGUGCAGAAAGCCGCGAAGAUGGCGAUCGGCGUCAAGACGUCGGAGUUUUACGAGCUUCUCGGCGUGACGCAAGACGCGAGCGCGAAAUCGAUUCGACGCGGGUACCGGAAAGCCGCCGCGCAGUGGCACCCUGAUAAGUGGCAGCAGUGCGACGAGAAGCAGAAAUCGGUCGCGGAGAAGACGUUUCGUCGGGUCGCCGUGGCUUACGAGACGCUCAGCAACGCGCACCAGCGCAGGCUGUACGACCAAGACCCG